AUGGCUAUAGUCACAACAGCCAUAGUAGCAUCCCAUCCCAGUUCGUCGUCAAGCGACAACUCGUCAUCAUAUCAUAUGAUUGAAUGCAGACCAGAAGGCGUUUACGUUAACUUCCCAAACGCUGAAGCUUAUGAACUCUGCGUGGACAACUACUGCAUCACCGAGAACACGCCACCAAUAUGGUCGUAUCGAUUCCUAUUACUGAUCUCCUAUAUAAUUAUGAAGCUCAAGGGAAAAUUAAAACCGCAAACAAAUACACGGUAG